GCGGGCGGGGUGGCCUUUGGCCCACCUUCCGGUGCAUUCCUGUGCUCGCGCCGACUGUCAGCCUUUCAGGGCUAUAUAGAGUUGGUCGCGGGCGCUGGCGAGCCUCUACUGUCCUCACCACCGGCCAUGGGAUGGACCGCAGUCGACCUCCAGAGCUUCAGCACGGCUGACCGGACGGUGAUGACGUCACGGCCGGUGCUGGCGCUGGCGCUGGGACUGGUGCUGAUCGGGAGCGGCGCGGCAGCUCCGCUAGAGAACGCUACGCCGGCUCAGGUCGCCCAAGCUGUGGGCUACUUUAUCAGGUUUGGUCACACCAAUCACACCAAACUGCGAGAGGCAGACAAAUCUGGAGCCCUGAAAAUCCUCUCGGACGAUAUCAGAAAAUUUCAAAAGUUUGCUGGUCUAAAGGAGACAGGCGAACUGGACAACGCCACUCAGGCCAAGCUGACGGAGCCCCGCUGUGGAGUCAAGGACAACGUGGGCAGGGCCGUCAGAAAAACAGGCCGUCGCAAGCGAUGGGCCCUGCACGGUUCGCGAUGGACCGCACCCACUCUCAACUACUCCAUAGAGAACGGCCCCACGUCGGUGAACUCCCAGGGCGCCACCGACGACCUGCUCGAGGACGCGCUCAACACCUGGGCCCGAGAGGCCAACAUCAACUUCAGGAAGGUCCCCAAAACACAAAAGGGAACGCAUAUUGAGGUCAAGUUCGCAGUCGGUGAGCACGGGGACGGAGAUCCAUUCGACGACAAGGGCGGUACCCUGGCGCAUGCCUUCUUCCCCAUAUACGGCGGCGACGCGCACUUUGACGACGCCGAGUCGUGGUCCAUCAACUCGAAGCAUGGCUCUAACCUAUACGUGGCUGCGACACACGAGUUCGGUCACAGCCUGGGCCUGGCGCACUCCCAGGUGAACUCUAUGAUGAGCCCCUGGUACCAGCGGCCGGAAAACCCCGCCGCCAGGGACCUGCUGGCGCAGGACGACAUCGACGCCAUCCAGAAAUUGUACGGGAAAAGAAACGCCGCCAUUUCGCCACCUCCCCGCCUCAAGAAACCGGGUCCGGAAAUUUUGCCGAACGGCGGUGCGGGCGUGCAGAGGCGGUGGCAGGUCCCGACUUAUCACCAGCCUGUGUAUGGGGGCUCGGUCAACCAGCCCCGGAGCUACGCAGGGCAUCGCAGGGGCGGCUACUACCCAACCCAGCGCGCGGCGCCGCGGCGACCCUACACGUUCUCGUGGUCGAAUUUCGGCAUCAACUUUGGACAGGACAUGUACUCGUACAUCACCGAGGACAGACGGGCCGAGACGAAGGCGCAUGGUGACGCGGCGCUGUGCGCGGACGGCCGGCUGGACGCGGCUCUCAUGGACCGCGACACGAUGUACGUCUUCCGAGGCCACAGCUACUGGCGGCUGACGGAGACGGGCGUGGCCACCGGCUACCCGCGCAACAUCAGCGCCGGCUGGGACGGCCUGCCGGCGCCGCUGGACGCCGCCCUCUACCACAGCGCCACCGAGCGCAUCUACAUGUUCAAGGGCCACAGAGUAUGGAGAUUCACCGAGAACUACACUAUCGAGUUCGGCUUUCCGAAGCCCAUCGCGGAGGUGUUUCCCGGUAUGGCCGACGGCGACCUUUCGGCUGCUUUCGAGCUGGGUCAGCCCGGUCGCGUGUACAUGAUCCGGGGCGGUCAGUUCUGGCGGCCGGACUUGCCCGCUCCUCGUCCCCUCUCCGAGUGGCCGGGGAUGCCCGACACCAUCGACGCCGCCACAAGGUACAGCAACGGCAAGACGUACUUCUUCAGCGGACAGAACUACUACCGAUUUGACGACGUCAACCUUCGAGUGGACAACAGCAGCGACAUCCCGUUCCCGAGGAACACCGGCCAGUUUUGGUUCCUGUGCAAACGCUAGUUCAGCCGGCCUUCAGCAGCGCGCGGAGGCCGGUGCGGCAGCUGAACGUCCAACUUGUCCAGCUGCUCGUGUGUGUUACGUGCUCGCAGAGUGCACUCGUCUGACGGCCAUGCACGGUGGUGUAUACACGCUCCAGUCUACCACUAAAUACACAGAUAACGAAUGCAA